AUGAAAACAAGAUUACUAUUACAAUUACUUUGUGUUCUAUUUCUUAAUAUCAAAAGAACUUAUACAGUAGCUUUAAAAUCUCAAACGAAUACUGAUAAAACUGUUGAGUAUUAUGCAAAACUUAUUGUUGGUGAUACGAGCAAACUUUCCGAAUUGAAUAUGUUCCUGACAGCAAUGCCAAAAGGUGGUGAUCUACAUCAUCAUUAUUCAGGUUCGAUCUAUGUCGAAACUUAUUUAAAUUGGAUCGCUAAACAUAAUUAUUGUAUUUAUCGUGAAGAUGAUGCAACAUUAAAAAUUCAAAAAUAUAGAAUAGAAACCAGAGUUUCCGAAUUACCAGACGCAGCUAAAGCUUUGUGUAUUACUGCUGAUGCAACACGUUCAAACAAUGGUUUUUAUCGUGAAUUACUAAAGCGUUGGUCUGAUAUUGAUUAUGCUAAUCAUUAUCAUGAUCAACCACCGCCAGAUCAACAAUUUUUCGAUACUUUUGCUUAUUUUGGUCCAGUUUCCUAUCAAGAAUAUAAUGAAGGAUUAACAUGGUUAAAAAAUACAGCCAUGAAUGAAAAUGUACAAUAUAUAGAAACAAUGCUAACUAGUGGACCAAAUCUAGCCGUUAGCGAUGAAUUGAUCAGUAUGGUCGAUGCUUUAACAUCGAAAUCAAAUGAUAACGAUAUAGAUAGAAUACUAAAAAUCUAUUUUGAUACAGUUGAAAAUGAUAUUAUAGUUAAUACAACAAUAAAUAAUCAUGUUCAAAUGAUUGAGACAGCAGUAGAUGGAAUUAAUGAUGUUAAUUUUACACUACGUUUUCAAAGUUAUGUAACAAGAAGUAAUACACCUUCUCGCGUAUUUGCCAGUUUAUUUUCAGCUUUUUCUGCUGCUAUGCGUAGUGAUUUAAUAGUUGGUGUUAAUAUCGUUGGUGCAGAAAAUGGUAUUGUGUCAAUGCGUGACUAUACAUUACAUAUGAAAAUGUUUCGUUUUCUCAAACGACAUUUUCCUAAUGUAAAACUCGCAAUGCAUGCAGGGGAAUUAGUAUUAGGUCUAGUGCCACCAGAAGGUUUACAAUUUCAUAUACGUGAAGCAAUAGAAAUCGCUGGAGCAAAUCGUAUUGGACAUGGUAUUGAUAUAUUUUAUGAACGUAAUUCCUAUGAACUUCUACAGAAGAUGAAGGAACUCAAUAUAGUAGUUGAAGUAGUUUUUAGUAGCAAUGCAUUUAUAUUGGGUAUUAAAAAUGAAGCACAUCCAAUGUUAGUAUACAAAGCACAUGGUAUACCUUUAGUCAUUGCUACAGAUGAUGCAGGUGUAUCACGUUCAACAAUGACCAAUGAAUAUCUUAUGUUUUGCGAUCGAUAUAAACCAAGUUAUGCAGAACUUAAAACAUUGGUGUACGAUAGUAUUAAAUUUUCAUUCUUAACUGAAAACGAUAAAAAAGAACAAUUAGAAAAAUUAGACAAUCGCUUUCGAGAUUUCGAAGCAAUGAUUACAAAUGUUGUUGAUACAUUAGGUUAUCCAGGUAUUCCACCAACUUCGAGUUUUGCAUUCAAAAAUGACGUUUCAUACAUGAUUUUAUUUUGUUGUUUUAUGUAUAUUUUCAGUAGCACAUCAUUUUUGAUAUAA